CUCUCUUUUCCUAUUCAGCCUGUCUCUUGAGUAAGGAACAGUCGCUUUUGUGGAUCUCGUACACCUUUGAGAAUGAGGAGACAUGCAUUUAGAGGAAAGCGAGCUCAGCAAUUCACCAUGGAUUUUUCCCGUCUGCACACGUACACUCCUCCUCACUGUACUCCAGAUAACACCGGAUAUACCUAUUCACUCAGCUCGAGUUAUUCCACCGCUGCCCUUGAGUUUGAGAAGGAGCACAAGAUCAAUCCCGUGUACGACUCGCCCAAGAUGUCUCGCCGUAGUUUGAGACUCCAGACCAGCAGUGGUUUAUAUGACAGUUUCACUGAGGUGGCAGGGAAUCACAAUGUGGGUUCAUACAAGAGAACCAACACCAGCACCACUACAACCAGCAGCAGCAGCAGCAGCGUCAGCAGGUCUGUGCGGGGCAGAAGGCAGCAGCAGGAUUCAUCCAUCUAUGAGUCUCAGAGCGUCACUGGUACUCCUCAAAGCACAUCAGACCUGAGCUUCACCAGUACAGAUGCGUCUCUGAUCUCCAGCCUGCUAGACACGUCCACGCUCAGACAGAGCUCCACCACAGAGACAUACUCUGCAGCACGGAGAAGAAGAGCCGUUAACCGCUCUCUGUUGGAGAAUGGAAACGUCAGUAAAACGGAGGUGCAUGCUAAUCUGGCUAACGGCUAUUUCUGUAAAGACUGCUCCUUCCACGCCGAAGGGAACGAGAAAGAGACGUCAUAUUCUGUACCAUACUCCACAUCAGAGUCUGCAGCACAUCAGACAGCAGCAGCAGCAGACGCCACCAUGACCACCAUGGCCACCUCUCUGAACAGUGUGGAUGGUGCAGCUCACGACAGCUACUGUGGUAGUGUGAACGUGCAGGAUGUGGUGACCACAGACCAUCUCAAUCUCAACGGGUCACUCUGUGACGACUGCAAAGGGAAGCAGCACAUGGAGAUGAACACAGAGCGUAAACACUAUUCCUACAUCCACCGCGUGCUCGCAGUCUUGUGGGCUGUUGUUACUUACACAGGUAAUGUUCUUCACCGGGUUUGCCGAGGUUUCGGCUCUGCUGGUGCGUUUGUGAGCCGGAAGAUGAAGUCCGUUGUGGGGUUGGCAGUUUGUUCUCCAGGUGACGCCUGCAAAGAGAAGCAGCACAUGGAGAUGAACACAGAGCGUAAACACUAUUCCUACAUCCACCGCGUGCUCACAGUCUUGUGGGCUGUUGUUUCUUACACAGGUUACGGUCUUCUUCGGGUUUGCCGAGGUUUCGGCUCUGCCGGUGCAUUUGUGAGCCGAAAGCUGAAGUCCAUUCUGUGGUUUGCAGUGUGUUCUCCAGGGAAAGCAGCGACUGGCGCCUUCUGGUGGCUGGGAACAGGAUGGUAUCAGCUGGUAGCGCUCAUGUCUCUCAUCAACGUCUUUCUUCUCACUAGGUGUCUGCCGAAACUACUGAAGCUGCUUAUGAUUUUGCUGCCGUUUCUGCUGCUGUUUGGUUUAUGGUAUCUCGGUCUACCCAUCGCCCUGUCCUUCCUUCCCGCUGUAAACCUCACUGAGUGGAAAACAUCAGUCACUUCUUUUGCAUCACUUCCUGCUCUGCCAUCUAUUCCCUCUUUUCCCUCAUUACCGGCACUAACCUCUUUCACAAAAGAACCACUGCUUAAAGAGCAAGAUGUGACGCCACUGGUCGUCACACAGGCUGCAUCAGACUCCAUUAACAGUGAGCGUCUGGCUCUGCUGGAGCAGCGUGUGUCUGCUUUGUGGGAAAGCGUCCGGCAGGGUGAACUGAAGGCCAAGGAGCAGCACGAGGAGGCGCUAGGUUUGACUCAAUCUCUUCAGGAGCAGAUGAAGACGCAGACAGACAGAGAGAGUCUCGGCCUGUGGGUCACAGAGCUCCUGCAGCCCAAAUUCACUGCACUGGAGGGGGACAUGAAGACCGAGACCCUCAGCAGAGCAGAGACUGAAGAGCAGCAUGUGCAGCAUCAGAACAUUCUUGAAGCUCGGCUCGCUGAACUGGAAGUCCUGCUACAAAACCUGAACUCCAGAACUGAGAACAUCCACCUCUCUCAGCAGACACCAAUCCAAGCUCCCGUCAGUGUCGGAGUGUCUCAGGAAAAGCAUGAGGCUUUGCUCUCUGAGGUUCAGAGACUGGAAGCGGAGCUCGGACGAAUCAGAGGAGACCUGCAGGGGGUGAUGGGAUGCCAAGGGAAAUGUGACCGACUCGACACCAUUCAUGAAACGGUCUCUGCACAGGUGAAGGAGCAGCUGUACGCUCUGUUGUACGGUCGGGACAGAGGUGAAGCAGUCAUCCCCGAACCUCUGCUGCCCUGGUUGGCCUCUCAGUACACCAGCACCUCUGACCUCACAGCGACCCUCGUGACCCUGGAGCGAAGCAUUCUGGGAAACCUGUCGCUUCAGCUGCAGGAGAGCAAACAGCAGCAGGCCUCUGCUGAAACAGUCACACAGACUGUCGCUCACACCGCCGAGGCUGCUGGGAUGUCAGAGGAGCACGUGCAGCUGAUCGUGCAGCGUGCGCUGAAGCUGUACUCUGAAGACCGCACGGGACAGGUGGACUACGCUUUGGAGUCUGGAGGUGGCAGUGUCCUCAGCACUCGCUGUUCAGAGACAUACGAGACAAAAACUGCACUGAUGAGCCUGUUUGGAAUCCCGCUGUGGUAUUUCUCCCAGUCGCCACGUGUCGUCAUCCAGCCGGACAUGUACCCAGGAAACUGCUGGGCUUUUAAAGGCUCCCAAGGUUAUCUGGUGAUCAGGCUCUCGUUAAGUGUCAUCCCCAGCGGCUUCUGCCUGGAGCACAUUCCCAAAAGCCUCUCUCCUUCUGGAAACAUCAGCAGCGCACCUCGACGUUUCUCUGUCUACGGGCUGGAUGAUGAAUAUCAGGAAGAAGGGAAACUGCUUGGAGACUACACUUAUCAAGAAGACGGAGAUUCACUCCAGAACUUCCCAGUUAUGGAGAAGAAUGACAAAGCUUUUCAGAUCAUUGAGAUGCGAGUACUGUCCAACUGGGGUCAUCCCGAAUACACCUGCCUGUAUCGCUUCAGAGUCCACGGCAAACCUCACACUCAAUAAUGUACAGCACUAUAUAACCCUUUAUGUACAUACAGGACACGCUUGGACUUGAUGCAGCACUGGGAUGCGCAAGCUAUGUUUUUAAGACUUUGAUACGAAUGAUGGCCGAAGCUGAGUUACGAGGAGCACAGCAGGAAAAGAGCAAUGUAUUAAAACUAAGGAUUUCCUUUAAUUUUGGCUGUUCUUGCACUGAUUCCUGCCCCAUCCGCUCUCACCCGUAGAGGUGUCUGUGCCUUCAGACAGAUCACGCUUCUCUCAUUCGCGGGACAUUUCGCUUGUGUGUUUUCUGAAUGUAGUAAAGAGAGGUAUGGAGUUCAGGACAUGCCUGACAUCCGCCUCGUCCGCCGGUCACUGAUGCUUUAAUUAGCCCCGAAAGGAAACUUUUAUCACCACCAAACCACAGUAUGUCUAGGUCAUAUUUGCAGAGGUUAUUCUCUUUUAGGUCUGUUUAAAUUAAUUUUAUUUUAAUUGUAACAUAAUUUUCUUUGAAGUUAAGCAAAAAGCAUUUAAUUAGUAGUAAUUUUGAACAGUAUUUUUUUGGGG